AUGAGUGGAUUGGCUCCCGACGGACUGCCCAAAGGAAACAAAGUUUGGGCGGACGGAUGGUGAGCAGCCCGAGAGAUUCAGAUUGACGGAAAAACAGAGAGUUUCAGCUACGAUAUGGUCCAUUUCGGACACGCGAAUCAACUGAGACAGGCCAAACAGUUCGGACAGAGACUGAUCGUCGGAGUGCACAAUGACGAGGAGGUAUUUAACUGGGGGAAUGAGAGGGCGCCAGCGAAAACGAGUUGAAUGCGCAGAUUCGUCUCCACAAGGGACCUCCGGUGUUCAACGAACAAGAGCGAUAUCGGAUGGUGGCGGGGAUAAAGUGGGUGGACGAGGUGGUCGAAAACGCGCCGUACGUGACCACUGUGGCCACUCUCGACAAGUACGGAUGCGAUUUCUGCAUUCAUGGAGGUUCCGAGCUUUCAGAACUUCUGAUAAUUGCCAAUUCAGAUGACAUCACCCUGACUGCUGACGGCAAGGACACUUAUCAAGAGGUGAAGGACAAGAAGCGGUACAGAGAGUGCAAGAGAACGUGCGGAGUGUCGACGACGGACCUCGUGGGCCGGAUGCUUCUGCUCACAAAGAACCAUCACACUCAGGACGAACACAUCGAGCAGCACGUCGAGAGAGCCCGUUCGUUGAGCACGGUGAGUGAGGUGCCCGUCCAUUCGGCCACAAACCCGAUCUGAAUUUUAGGCAAUAAUCGAAUACAGCACGGUACGCGCCGCCCGUCUUUUCCCUUUCCUUUUCAAAUUACCGAAUUUUUCUAUUUAAUCGCUAGUAGAUAGAUUUAGAUUUCGCAAGACAACUGAUUGGUUUCAGGACAAUGUGGCGAUGUCUCCGUGGACUCGAGUCUCCCGAUUCAUUCCGACCACCACGGCCAUUCUGGAGUUCGCGGAAGGAAGACCUCCGAAGCCGACAGACAAAGUGGUUUACGUGACUGGAUCCUUCGAUUUGUUCCACAUCGGGCACUUGUCGUUUCUCGAAAAGGCGAAGGAAUUCGGAGAUUAUCUCAUCGUUGGAAUUCUUUCUGACCAGGUAUCUAAGUUCUCAUAUAUUUUCUGAUUGAUUAUCUCUGAAAUUCCGUUCAGACUGUCAAUCAAUACAAAGGAAGCAAUCAUCCGAUAAUGUCGAUCCACGAGAGAGUUCUUUCCGUCCUCGCUUACAAGGUUUUCUUUUCGUCUCUUUCGCUCCAUCUCUGCUAUUCGUUCUUUUCCAGCCUGUCAACGAAGUUGUCUUCGGAGCACCGUACGAAAUUACCGGCGACAUUCUUGAUCAGUUCAAUGUGCAGGUUUGUCUUCUCCACUUACUUUUCUCUGUGACGGCGAGAUAGUGUGCGCGGCGAGGAGGGCCACACACAAAACAUAGUGGGCGGCGAAAGUAGGAAAGUGUCGGCUGCUGCGUUGCAAUGGGUUGGAGUGGCGGCCGUGAAAAGACAGCCUCUGGCGCUGCUAAUAGCCAGGCUCAAGGCGGGCGAUGAUUGAUAUAUUUCCCACACGCAAUUUCGUCUGAACGUCAAUGAAGGUUAAACUUCCUUGGACGUCUGAGCCGCCUCAAAGUCAUUGAAAAGGAACUUGUCCUCAAACUAUUAGAAAUCGGGAGUGAGAACUGUUUCAGGCGGUAGUCAAUGGAUUCCGUGACCGCGACUCUUCGUUAGUUCAAUCGCCACCAAGUGACCCGUUCGCUGAAGCGAAACGUCGUGGAAUCUACCACGAAGUGGAUUCUGGAAGUGAUAUGACCACCGAUCUCAUUAUCGAGCGGAUCAUCAACCACCGUCUAGAAUACGAAACGAGAAACAAGAAGAAGGAGAAGAAAGAGGCGGAUGUCGCAAAGGCGAUGAACUUGAUCAAAGUCGAGGAAUAG